UUAUCUCUCAGAGUUCUGUUUCCAGAUCUUGCCUGGUCGUCUAAUUCAACCCCAUUCCAAGCUACCGCGCGUACAAUCCUCUAAAAUCUCACCCCUACCACCGCCCACCUCCAUCUCCAAACCCCAGUGUCUUCAAAACCCACCCAGUCCGCUCUUAAACCCUCCACCCACGCAUCUCCCCCUCUCCAUACCCACAACCCCCAACCCCCUUCCCUCAAACUUACCUCCAAACCCCCCACCAUGUCCUCCCCCAAACCAGCCAUCCUCCUAGCCCACGGCUCCUACCACACCCCCCAGCCCUACGCCCGCCUCCGCGCCCUCCUCUCGAAGCAAGGCUAUGAAACACACUGCCCCCAACUCCCCUGCGCCUCGCGCGACUACCUAGUCGCCGACCCGCGCAACCCCUCGUUCGACCAGCCGCCUCCUUCGCAGGGCCUGCCAACGCAAGACCUCGACGUCGCGGCCCUGCGAGCGGUUCUGCGCCGCCUGGUCGAAGAGCAAGGGCGCGACGUGCUGCUGCUCGCGCACUCGAGCGGCGGCUGGACGGCGACUGAGAUCGCGACGCCGGAGCUGCAGCGGGGGAAGAGGGGGCUGGAGGGGAGGGGAGGGGGUGUUGUUGGGAUUUUCUACAUGGCGAGUUUUCUGGUUAUGCUGGGGGAGAGUGUGUGGAGUACGUUUGCGGCGUCGACGGGGGAAGCGGAGCAGGGGGCGAGGGAGGGGCAGGGGUGGUUUAGUUUGCUUAAAGAGCGCAAUUUGACCGUGUUCAACGACCCGCCGUACUUCCUGUUCCAUGACUUGCCGGCGGAGGAAGCAGAGAAGUGGAGCGAGACGUUGACCGCGUGUCCGUUCCUCACAGUGCCGCUGACCAAUGAUGCGUACUCGGAGCUGCCCUGUGCGUAUAUGCUGUGUGAGGGCGAUCGCGUGGUGUCGAGCUGGUACCAGGAGCUGAUGGUUAAGAAGGCUGAAGAGAGCAGCGGGAGAAAGAUGCAGAUUUAUAAGUGUCCAGGUGGUCAUGAGAGUUUUCUGAGUUACCCUGAGCUUUAUCUGGAUAGUAUCGUUGAGUUUGCGGAGAAAUGCGCUUGAUGCAAAGUACACCAGGAAGGUCCAACAAGAAAGGCUUUUUUUUUUGACCUGCUUUUGGGUUCGAUCAGCGUGGGGAAUCGCAAGUAAUACCUGGUCUCCCAGUGCAUAACAAUAAGAGGGUGAUGGUCCGAGAGACAAUGUUAUUUCAUGAGAAGCCGAAGUUGCUUAUAACCAUGCCUCUGCCGCGAAGGAAUUCCCGUGGAAAUGCACAAGACCGGUCACGCCUGAACCAUCUCCCAUCUCGGUAUCACCGCUCGUAUCUGCCGCAUGCUCUCCCCCGCUCGCGCCGUCUAUCUCAGCCUCCUGGCCUCGCGCUCAGACUCGA